ACUUCAGAGACGCUCGAGCUGAGACUGGCGGAGGGAGUAUCCGCUGCUGGGUGGAGGUGUAGCUGCGGGCUGACGUCUUCAUACUGUGAAUGACUUGAAAGAAGACUAACAAAAACCACAGUCAGACAACAGCGCUUACGGAAAACAGAGGAACAAUUUCGUCCCUUAACUUCAUCCUGCGUUGAAUUGCAUGACCGCGUGAAGACACGAGAUACGUCAAUUAUGGAUACGACUAUUGAGGCCUCCGAGAGCGGAGACCUGCCUACAAAGCCAUCUCUGCCUCCCAAAUCCAGUCUCACUCCCAAACCCUUCUCUCUGCAAAAAAACAGCACAAUUCGCUCCAUCAAAGCUCCAAAAACUGUUUCCAGAACCGCUCCUACACCUAAGUCAGAAACAAGUCAGACCAAAAAAUUAGAGACAAAAAGUUCCCCGACCACCACUGUAACUACCCCUGCUAAAAAACCGCCUCAACCCAUCAGUUCUCCAGAGACUGCUCUCAAAACUGCUCCUACAGCUGAGCCAGAAGCAAGUCAGACCGAAAAAUCAGAGACAAAAAGUCCCUUGACCACUGGUGUGACCAUCCCUACUGAGGAACUGUCUCAGCCCAUCAGUUCUUCAGAGACUGCUCCCAAAACUGCUCCUAUACUUAAGUCUGCAACAAAUCAGAUUAAAAAAACAGAAACAAUAACUCCCACAACCACCAAAGUGAUCUUGUCUACUGAGGAACUGUCUCAACCCAUCAGUUCUCCAGAGACUGCUCUCAAAACUGCUCCUACAGCUGAGCCAGAAGCAAGUCAGACCAAAAAAUCAGAGACAAGAAGUCCCCAGAUCACUGGUGUGACCAUCCCUACUGAGGAGCUGUCUCAACCCGUCAGUUCUCCAGAGACUGCUCCCAAAACAGCCCCUACACUUAAGUCUGAAACUAAUCAGAUUGAACAAUCAGAGACAGAAAAUCCUACUGCUGUGACCAUCAAUGCUAAAAAACUGCCUCAACCCACUUCAGCCUCAGCUACCAAACCACAGCCUGCAAGUGUGCUGCCUAAAUCUCAACCAGAAGCAUCAAAAACAAGUGAAACACUUCAACAGAUUGAGAACAGUGUUGGUUCUGAGAGAGCCGCUCUGGAUCCAGCCACCAAAACAACCCCAACUAAAGAGGAACCCAAGUCAGAACCGGCGCAGAAGGACAUCAUCCAAACAAACCAUAAACCACCCACCAUUGCUGUUGCUAGCUCAGGGCAGAAAGAUGGAGAGGAGAAGCAAAGUGACACUCCAGUUUCUGUCAGCCAAAAUAUGGACGAGUCAAGCAGCAACGGUUCCUCCACAAACGAAUCAUUUUACCAGCGGGGAAGCGUAAGGAAGCGUCUGCCUAAGGCGCUCACCUCAAAGUUCGAGUCAGGCGGGAUCCCUCUGCCCCGUCAGUCUUUCAGGGCCGUUCCCAAACCCACCACCAAAGACGAAUCCAAUAAACCAGAAUCUUCUGACACGCUGCCUGUUCACGCAACACCAGAGCCUCCGAUCAAAGAGAGUGAUACUGAUGCAGAGGAUUUCACCGGCGGGAACAGCAUUAAGAAGAGAAUCAGUCUCCUGUUUGACGCUGUGUCAAAGCCGGAGGUCACGACCAAGAGAGAGGAGCCAGAAAUAACGAAUGGGAUCGGAGGAGUGAAGGAGCAGAUCAAAAACUGGGUGUCAGAAACAGUUCCAGAGGAUCAGAAGGUGGAGAAGAGUCCUCAGGCUGCAGACGGAGUUUGCUCCAAGGGGUUGAAGCCGGAAACACCAAGAGUGGAAGUUCCUGCAGCUGAAGAGACACCCACCCAGCCUGUGGACUCACGUUCAACAGUGUCCUCAUCCACAGGGAGUCAAAUUGAACCACCGAAGGAGGCACCAUUCAAAGAUAAACCCUUAGAGAAUGCAACAGAGACUCCAGCAGAGGCUGACAAGUCAAAGGAAGAUGAUUCCCAGGUGCAGAGCAACCACUUGGCUGCAGUUGAUGAGAAACACUUGGCCGAACUGAAGAGGAAGAAUAUGAAGAAUCGUCGCUCUGUUCGCUUCGGAACCGUGGUGGCAGAUGACGGUACACCUCCAGUGGUGCUGGGCUCGGAGCCAGAAUCCAGUGAAGAUGAAAGUGAAGAAGAGAACGCUGAGGUUGAAAGCAAGGAAAAAGUGGAGGACAGCGUUUCGAUGCCCGUCUACAGAAGAGUUGGCAUGCUCCAGAGGAAGGACGACGAGACCCAAAGUCAAGAAACUCUGAAGAACCAGCAGAAGGAGGAGGAGAGUGAACAUCCGAGACCUAAGAUGGGAGAAGAGUUGAAACAAAUGAAAGAUGAAGAAGCAAGGGAGAAAGAGAAGGCAAGAGAGGAUGAAUUGGAGAGAAAACGGUUAGAGCAAGAAAGAAGAGAAACGGAAAGACUUAGAGAACAGGUUGAAAAAGAAAGGCAAAUGGAGCUGCUGAGACAAAAACAGGUAGAGGAGGAAAGAGUGAGGCUGGAGGAAGAGCAGAGGAAAGAGGCAAGAAUGAGGGAAGAAAGAGAGAGACAGUGGCAGAAAGAUGAGGAGGAACGACUGAAAUUGGAAGAAGAUCAAAGACAGAAGGAAGAGGAGAGAAAAAAAAGAGAACUUGAGGAGCAAAGACAGAAAGAGGAGGAGAGAAAAAGAAGAGAACUUGAGGAGCAAAGACAGAAAGAGGAGGAGAGAAAAAGAAGAGAACUAGAGGAGCAAAGACAGAAGGAAGAGGAGAGAAAAAGAAGAGAACUUGAGGAGCAAAGACAGAAAGAGGAGGAGAGAAAAAGAAGAGAACUAGAGGAGCAAAGACAGAAGGAAGAGGAGAGAAAAAGAAGAGAACUUGAGGAGCAAAAACAGAAGGAAGAGGAGAGAAAAAGAAGAGAACUAGAGGAGCAAAGACAGAAAGAGGAGGAGAGAAAAAGAAGAGAACUAGAGGAGCAAAGACAGAAAGAGGAGGAGAGAAAAAGAAGAGAACUUGAGGAGCAAAGACAGAAGGAAGAGGAGAGAAAAAGAAGAGAACUUGAGGAGCAAAGACAGAAAGAGGAGGAGAGAAAAAGAAGAGAACUAGAGGAGCAAAGACAGAAAGAGGAGGAGAGAAAAAGAAGAGAACUAGAGGAGCAAAGACAGAAAGAGGAGGAGAGAAAAAGAAGAGAACUAGAGGAGCAAAGACAGAAAGAAGAGGAGAGAAAAAGAAGAGAACUUGAGGAGCAAAGACAGAAAGAGGAGGAGGAGAGAAGAAAAUAUGAGCAAAGCUUGAUGGAGCUGGAGAGAAAGAGAAAGGAAGAAGAGGAGAGACUCAGACAAGAAGAGCUGGAAAAAGAAAAGUUAAGACAGGAGCUGGAGAGGGAGCAAAUCAGAAGGCAGGAAGAGAAAGAGAGGCUGAGACAGGAGGAUGAGGAGAGAAAAAGGAGAGAGCUGGAGAGGAAGAUGCAGCAAGAAAAAGAGGAAGAGAAGGAGAGGAAGAAAAAAGAGAAAAUAAAGUUACAGAUGGAGAAAAAAAGGGCAGAAGAGCUGAAGAAAAAGGUGGAAGAGAGUCAGCCAAGAACAGAGGGGGAGAAUGACAAAAGAGGGGAAAAGCUCAUCAAUUUUGAUGCAGAAGAGCCUCCAGCAUCCCCCUCAUCACACGUCUCAAAGAACACAGAGGGCCUCAGCGAUGUCGUUUAUGAUGACUUCUCGAUCCAGAACCCUGUGCUCGACGUAGACUUUGACGACUUUUCUGUCAAACCCAGGAGGCGGACUUUACGGCCUAGGCAGGAAACUGCUCCCAUCAGCAGCGACUGGAGAGUCGAACCUCUGAGGAAAGACAACCUACUGGUGUCCUUCGACAGCGAACCUCAAGAAACUCAGCAAGAAACUCAGCAAGAAACUCAGCAAGAAACUCAGCAAGAAACUCGGCAAGAAAACAAACCAAAGCAACCAGAAACACUGUUGGUUCCCAUCCCAGCGCCAGAGAGCCCAGAGAAAGAGAAGGUUAAGAGGUUGUUGGCAGAGUUUGGUGUGAAGGAGGAGGCAGAUGAAGAGCCAGAGAACCUGGUGCCGGAGCAGCCUGUAGAAAUGAAGGAGGAGGAGAAGGAGAAUGUGGCAGAAAUGAAAGACAAGGGUGAAGAAAAGGACAAUAAAGAGCCACAGGUUAACAGCUACUUCACAAACGAUGAGGACAAACUCAUCCAGACUUUGUUGCACAAUGAGCAGGAUGGGAUUUCGGAACAAACGUCCGGACCUGACAGUCCAACUCCUGUCCCUGACCCAGUCCCUGAUGCCUCUGAAGAUCUGGAUGAUACCGAUUCUCAAAGAGAGCUGGAUUUAGAUGCAGUCUGUGAGAACUCUGCCCCUCUGCUUGACAACAGCUCACAAAAAUCUAAAGCGGUUUUGGGAAGGAGACUAACACGAACGCGUCCAUCUCGCUCUCUCAGAUUAGUGUCGGCUGAAGCUGCCAGAGUGACUGUCUAUAAUGAUGAAAAAGACAAACAGCCAGACUCAGAGGAGGAACCAUCCAAAUCAAAGCCUGUCUUUUCUUCUCCGCCAUCUACUCAGAGGGUCCCCAUGUUUCCAGGUCUGAGCCCUGCAGAUCUACUUAUUGGACUAAAAAAGAAAACCGGUGGCGUGGCAGCUGAAGCAGAAAAGGGAUCAGUAGAAGACAGAGGAGAACAAGAGACCGAAAGUCAAAAUAAGAAAGUCGCUCCAGCUCCAUCGCAGGUCUCAGGAUCUCCUCGCGUGGCGGCUCAACUCGCAGGAGCUACACGAGUGCUGCCCCCUGCAGUCAGUAAAGACGGAGGGUUUUGGCCUAAGAAGCGGAUGACUCAGCAGAAUGGUGAAACUUAACCACACAUAAGAGACACAGCUGUCACACUCUUCAGCGGGAAUUGGAUCAUUUCAGCUCCUUGCUGAUGGCAGAUAUAAUGAUGAUUGCUCCGUUCUGCACUACGAGUGCCUUACUUUGGAUCUUUCCUGAGAGAGAAGAAAUUGUGCUUUUUUUCUGGACACAGAGGCAACAUUGACCUUUUGUAUGUUAAAAAUGAAACAUGGUGCAAUGGGUGUGCGCAGAGGCUGCUGGAUGUUACUGCCAAGUAAAUAUUUCUCCAAGCACUGUGAGAGCUCUGUGGAUGUUUAAGUGUACUUUAGAGCAAAGCCAUUCUGUGUCUUAAUCUGUGAAUGUGAAAUCCAUCAUAGAGGAAAUGAUGGCACUACACCUCAUCAGAGUACUGAUUGCGCUUAUUAAAAUAAGGCACUUCCAUCCUCACACAACAUAGAUACGAUGACACAUAUGGCAAAAGCAUAGAAAUGUACAGAAUCACUAAGUGGAUGUGUGUUUUUAGUUUAAGUUGCACAGAUUAUUUUUAUAUCCUAUCACAAUUCUUCUCAAGGAAAGUUUGAAGCACUUUAACAAAAUAUUACCAUAUUUGCACCCAUGCAAUGAAAUUUGAGCAAUAGCAAAAUCAUGUUUGAAGCUACUUUUGCAGAGAUUUGAGUUUUUCUUGUGUUUUGUUACAACAGUGUCAGUUUCACAUUCUGUAGUUCUAUUUCUUUCUCUGGGGACAAUAACAGAUUCAGGAAGUGUGUGUGUUAUAUGUGUAUGUAUGUGUUCAGGACUGUAAAACUUAAAAAACCAUGUGCCUUUUUUAUUACUGGAAAAUUGUGACCAUUUUGGUCUUUAUAACAUGUUUAAUGGAAAUUAAGGGAACUUUAAUAAAAGUUUUUGGGGUUUUUUCUA